AAGUGUUCAUUGUGAUAACUUCAGCCUCACUGCCGAGAGACCAAGGAUGUGGUAAGUCUUUUAGUGUGUACAGUAUGUAUAUAUGCUGUCUUCUAGGCAUGGGCGCCCGCAGAAAACUUUCUAGGGGAAGGCAAAAAAAAUCGAUUAACUUUCCAGGGGGGGGGGGAAUUUUCAGUAAUGUUUUAAUAUAGUUUUAAUUUACUGUAGCGUAUUUGUAUGGUGAACGAACGGACAGGACAUCAGCUUAGUUACUUUCUCUUUAUUUUCUCUUUACUUUAAAACAUUUUUUGUCCAUUUUUGUCUUAAAUUUUUUUAUCCAAUCAAUCCAGGGGGGGGGGCAAGUGCUCCCCUUGCCCCUACCUGCGGGCGCCCAUGCUUCUAGGUACCUUAAGAAAAGAUUGUCUGGGGGGAGCACCAUGCGACGUCACCAUCUCCAGCUAUGUAACGAGGCACAUCCACGACUAUGUAGUUUUAAAACUCUUUCAUUGAGAUGUUGCCGACAAGUCAAAAUCUUAUUGUUCUAAUCUCUACGGUUCUCUUCGUAGCGCAAUUUUAAAACAGUUGAAGUUAAUUCUUUUCAAAGUUUUAGAAUGUCUUGUUUCUUAUGUAGUGGGUUCGAGAGUUCAGGGUAUAGAAGAGUUUGGGGAACACAGCUGAAUAGGCGAUAUGAUAGGUUUAUCGGAAAUCUUAACAAAAUAAAUGUAUUCGAUGGAACAUAGUUUGACGGAAGUUUGUUUGACGGAAGUUUGUUUGACGGAAGUUUGUUUGACGGAAGUUUAUUUGAACGGAAGUUUGUUUGAACGGAAGUUUGUUUGAACGGAAGUUUGUUUGACGGAAGUUUGUUUGAACGGAAGUUUGUUUGAACGGAAAUUUGUUUGAACGGAAGUUUGUUUGAACGGAGGUUUGUUUGAACGGAAGUUAGUUUGACGGAAGUUUGUUUGUUUGGUGGAAGUUUGUUUGUCGUUUGUUUGACGGAAGUUAGUUGACAGCAGUUCCUUUGAACGGAAAUUAUUUUAAAUGAAAACUUGUUCGAAAUGACUUUGUUUUCGAGGGCAAAUUUGAUUGAAAUUAAAUUUACUAAACGGAGAUUUAUUUAUCUAUUUAUUUAUUUUUUUUAAACGGUAUUUUGCUUUGAACAAACUUCUGUCCUAACUAAUUUCUAUUCAAGCAAACGUCCGUCGAACCGAUUUCCGUUCGAACACACUACCACCACCCAACCUGUACCCCUUCAUACAAAUUUCUUUCUUACGAAUUUCCGGCUAUUAUCUUAAUGGGAGUCGCUUAGUCAAUUAUUUUGUCACGUGAUGUGAGUAAAAACGAGUAAGAUUUCCGGUAUGCUGUAUACAACACAUUAGUGCUUGACAACAGUAGACCGAUACACACUACAACUACACUACAUUUCGUCCAAUGAAAAUUAACAAUAAAAUAAACAAAGGGGAAUGACUCCUGCAUCAAUAUUGAAUAAAAACGCAAAUGACGUCAUGAGCACGCACGGAGCUCACCAACAUCCUGCCGAUAAUAGUAUUGAUAGUUCCCAUCGAAUAUCGCUCACAAAUUUUUCUUGAAAUAACUUUCUUCCUUUAAUCAUUACUGACGUAUAUUUAUUGUCACAUGUAUGUAUUUCAUUUAAAAAACGCAUGUAUUCCAGAAUAUUUCGAAAGGUAAAAUGUUUAAGUAACAUGACAUUGGGGAAGCACUGAUGAAGUAUCUUGUGUUGUGUGUAGCAGCCUAGUGAUGGCUUACUCACAUCACGUGACCAAACAAGGAAGUGACUAAGCGACUCCCAUUACAUCACGUUGUCUCGGUUACCUCAAUUACCUUAGUUGCCUCCGUUACCCUUCUGGUGAUCAGACAGUGUCAUUGUCCAAACGUUCAUUCGUAAAGACUGCAGAGUUAGCCAGUCAAUACUAUGGAAGGACAUUUCAAUAGUCGGUCAAUAGACUGGCGGUUUACUUGACUACAUACGAAGCUGUUUAAUGAGGUAUUCAAAACGUUCCGAGUAAAAAUCGAUUAGCGAUCAGUUUUAUUGUCAAUUUUGUAAAACUAAAUCAAAAUCACAUUUGGCAGUAGGAUGUCACUGAAAUCACGUAUUUGACUUCAGGACUGACCCAGUUCAAGUAUUAGACAGUAUGGCCUAUCCAGUGCAAGUAUUAGACGUUAUGACAUAUACAGUGCAAGUAUUAGACAUUAGGGCCUAUCUAGUGCAAGUAUUAGACGUUAGGACAUAUCCAGUUCAAGUAUUAUACAUUAGGAUAGAUCCAGUCCAAGUAUUAGACAUUAGGGCAUAUCCAGUGCAAGUAUUAGACGUUAGGGCAUUUCCAGAGCAAUUAUUAGAUAUUAGGACAUAUCCAGUGAAAGUAUUAGGCAUUAGGACAUAUCCAGUGCAAGUAUUUGACCUUACGACUAAACCAAUGUAUGUACUCAGCCUUGAGACUUAUCAAGGGUACAUACUUGACAUAAGAACAGAUCCAGUUCACAGCGUUAACCUUCGGACAGAUCAUGUGCACGUAUUUGACCUUUUGACUGAUGCAGUUAACAUGCCCCUUUUACUCCUCUGCCCACAGUGCUGGAAGGGUUCAACUGCCUAAUCCCCACCUGGAUGAUGAAGAUGGUGACUAUCUCAUGCAUCUUGAGAUACCCCGAGAAAAAUGGCACUUGUUCAAUGACAUAAAGGUAGGUCGACCUAAAGCAAUGGUUCCCACUUAUUUGCUGGGGUAAUAAAUGUAUUUGCAUUUGAAAAAGGAGGGGGGUGGCGGCAUGGGCACUGUUGUAGUUGCAGUCCUUGUCGAUUGGUCAGGCUGUUGCACUGUUGUAGUUGCAGUCCUUGUCGAUUGGUCAGGCUGUUGCACUGUUGUAGUUGCAGUCCUUGUCGAUUGGUCAGGUUGUUGCACUGUUGUAGUUGCAGUCCUUGUCGAUUGGUCAGGCUGUUGCACUGUUGCAGUUGCAGUCCUUGUCGAUUGGUCAGGCUGUUGCACUGUUGCAGUUGCAGUCCUUGUCGAUUGGUCAGGCUGUUGCACUGUUGCAGUUGCAGUCCUUGUCGAUUGGUCAGGCUGUUGCACUGUUGUAGUUGCAGUCCUUGUCGAUUGGUCAGGCUGUUGCACUGUUGCAGUUGCAGUCCUUGUCGAUUGGUCAGGCUGUUGCACUGUUGUAGUUGCAGUCCUUGUCGAUUGGUCAGGCUGUUGCACUGUUGUAGUUGCAGUCCUUGUCGAUUGGUCAGGCUGUUGCACUGUUGAAUUUAUAUAUAGCCAUAACUAAAAUAUAAUUGUUAUAAAUAUAUCCCGUUCCUUCCUCACGUGCGCCUACAUGGCAGUCGACAAUGAACUACAGCAUAAUGUUCAGGAGAUCUCUGUGUUAGGGCACGAGAGAUUAAAACAUAAGUUUCUCAAACGUCCCAGUACCGACUGGGUGCGGUGGUUUUAAAUUAAUGGCCACUUGGCCGACAAGGCAUAUCAAGAGGCCGGAAGUUUGAACUCUAGAUGACCUGAGGAGGCGUGUACCUGUCAGUUAUUUAUUUAACGGUAUUUUUGGAUUCACCCAAGAACGUCAAGAAGUCAGAAGGAGAGGAUCAGUGAGAAGAGGAACAGAGUAAGCAAGAGAGGAGGAUAGAGGAGUUAUGAGACGAGGACCAGCUAGACAAGACGGAUGAGCAGAGACAAGGAGAUUCAGAGGAUGAGACAGAGGAGGAAUGAGAAGAAAGGAGUAAGAGGAUUGGGCAGAUGGAUUUAAGAGGAGGAGAAAGGAGCAGAGGAGGAGAGGCAGUGUACGAAGGUGACUAGUGGGGUGAGGAUUUGAGAGGAAAAUUUGAACUAAACAAAAGGAGAGGACGAGGCGCGGAUGUGAGAGUUGGGUGACGUCACUGUGUCUGUGACUAAAACUGAGGAUGUCCAAAGACAGUUCAACUGUCGUCCCGACUCCAAAGGGAAAAGUACGCCACUGUGUCCUCCCCUGCCCCCCACCCCCUUUUACACCCUGCCCCAAACCAGGACUAUUUAUUUACGUUAUCGACCUCAAACUUUAUUGGGUACAUUAUUUGUGUAAACCGUUAUAAUCCAAUGGCAUUAAUCGAGUUUUUGUUUAUAGCUCACUUGUUCCGAUAUCCUUAACCCAAAUAACUUUAGAAACGUUUUAUGAUUCAGCGCGCGAACUGAUCUAAAAAUAGAACACAACUUCAAUUUAGAUUAAUCAAUGUGGAGUCAAGCAUGGUCAGGACGCGCUGUGGAAAAAAAAAAAGUUACGAAGUGACCUACAAAGUGACCUAUGGAGUGACUUAUGCAGUGACCUACGGAGUGACCUAUGGAGUGACCUACAAAGUGACCUAUGGAGCGACCUAUGGAAUGACCUAUGGAGUGUCCUACGAAGUGAUCUACGAAGUGACCUACGAAGUGACAUACGAAGUGACCUAUAGAGUGACCUAUGGAGUGACUUAAUGGAGUGACCUAUGGAGUGAUCUAUGGAGUGAUCUACGAAAUGACCUACGAAGUGACCUUGAUUUCUAAUUUGAUUUCACAAUCCAACUAUAACAUCUAUUCACAUUUGAUAUGAAUUGUAUAUUGUUUUUUCUUGUAGUGAGACAUUCAUGACCUACUUUUAAGUGCCUAUCUUUAUUUCUUAGGUCGUUGUGACAUUCAGAUCCGUCCAUUUGCUUAAGUCAUUUUAAUCUAUCACGAUUUGACUGUCCGGGAAUAAUUGAUUUAUUUUGGGCUUUUACGUUUAACCUUGAGUCUAUGUAGAACAUUUAUGUAGUCUAUGUAGAACAUGUGUGUAGUCAUGGGCGCCCGCAGAAAACUUUCUAGGGGGGGUGGGGUGCAAAAAAAAUCGAUUAACUUUCCAGGGGGAGGGGCAAAAAAUGUUUAGUAAUGUUUUAAUAUAGUUUUAAUUUACUGUAGCGUAUUUGUAUGGUGAACGAAUGGACAUUACAUCAGCUUAGUUACUUUCUCUUUAUUUUCUCUAUACUUAAAUACAUUUUUUAUCUAUUUUUGUCUAAAAAAAUGUAUCCAAUCAAUCCAGGGGGGGGGGGAGUGCCCCCCUUGCCCCUACAUGCGGGCGCCCAUGUGUGUAGUCUAUGUAGAAAAUGUAUAUUUUCUAUGUAGAACGUGUGUAGUCUAUGUAGAACAUGUAUGUAGUACUUUCUCUUUAUUUUCUCUAUACUUAAAUACAUUUUUUAUCUAUUUUUGUCUAAAAAAAUGUAUCCAAUCAAUCCAGGGGGGGGGGGGAGUGCCCCCCUUGCCCCUACAUGCGGGCGCCCAUGUGUGUAGUCUAUGUAGAAAAUGUAUAUAUUCUAUGUAGAACGUGUGUAGUCUAUGUAGAACAUGUAUGUAGUCUAUGUAAAACAUGUAUUUAGUCUAUGCAGACAUGUAUAACAUGUAUGUAGUCUAUGUAUAACAUGUAUGUAGUCUAUGUAGAACAUGUAUGUAAUCUAUGCAGAUAUGUAUAACAUGUAUGUAGUCUAUGUAAAACAUGUAUUUAGUAUAUGUAGAUAUGUAGAACAUGUAUGUAGUCUAUGUAAAACAUGUAUAUAGUCUAUGUAGAUAUGUAGAACAUGUAUAAAGUGUAUGUAGAUAUGUAGAACAUGUAUAUAGCCUAUGUAGAACGAAAGUAAUGUAAAUGCUGGCACGUAGAGGGAGACGUAAAAAUAAAUUUGACACUGAAUUUAUCCAUGGUGAGAAAUGCAGUUACUUAAUUUAUAUGUAUCCUAUCCUCAUUAUUACACAAAGCUUUGAUGUUCUGGAUCGGGCCAGCAUAACUCAAAAUGUAAGUCGGGUUGUAUUACUUUUUUGAAAAACUUGUGCGGGCCAAAAGAAAAUAGGACCGGGGAGGAAAGGGGGGGGGGGUGGGGGGGGGGGUAUUAAGGAAAAUAAAAAUAAUAAUAAAGAAAAAUAGUUACUUCGCGGGCCGCAAAAUGGGUGCUGGCGGGCACGGGUUGUAUUACUUUUUUGAAAAACUUGUGCGGGCCAAAAGAAAAUAGGACCGGGGAGGAAAGGGGGGGGGGGUGGGGGGGAGGGUAUUAAGGAAAAUAAUAAUAAUAAUAAAGAAAAAUAGUUACUUCGCGGGCCGCAAAAUGGGUGCUGGCGGGCCGUAUGUUUUGGAGGCAUGAUCUGGAUAAAGGUAUGUUUUCACACUGAUAAGCCAACGCUGUGGUCUCCCUCUUGUCACCAAACUGUCCCAUGGUGGCAGGGUGUUCUGCCGGAGAUGGUGGCCUCCCGUUCACAUGUACACAAGGAUGUCGUCAGCACUGAAGUGAAUUCCCAAAUUGUCAAAGUGUCGUUCAUUUAUAAAUUACUUUGCGUACUGUUUAUAUGAUGUCAGGCAACUUGACUCACAGUUUGUAUGAUGUUAUGCUACUUUGUUUACUAUCUUUAUGAUGUCAGGUUACUUUGCUUACUGUUUGUAUGAUGUUACGCUACUCCUCUUAAUCUCCUGUAUUUUGUUUAUAGUUUUUAUGAUGUAAAUUUAUGGUACUGACCUUCAGCUUGAAUAAUGUAAAGCUACUGUAUUUUGUCGUAAGUUUGUAUGAUGUAAAGCUGCUGUACUUUGCCUUUAGUUUAUGUGUUGUAAAGCUAUUGUACUUUGUCUUUAGUUUGUAUUAUGGAAAGCUACUGUCUUUUGGCAUAAGUUUUGUAUAAUUUAAAUCUACUGUACUUUGUUUUAAGUUUGUAUGAUGUAAAACUGCUGUACUUUGCCUUUAGUUUAUGUGGUGUAAAGCCAUUUGUACUUUGUCUUUAGUUUGUAUUAUGGAAAGCUACUGUAUUUUGGCAUAAGUUUGUAUAAUUUAAAUCUACUGUACUUUGUCUUAAGUUUGUAGGAUGUAAAACUGCUGUACUUUGCCUUCAGUUUUUAUUGUGGAAAGCUACUGUAUUUUGGCACAAGUUUGUAUAGUUUAAAGCUACUGUACUUUGUCACUUUGCCUUCAGUUUGUCUGUGUGGGUGGAACAGUUGGUCGCAUGGAAGAACUGGCCAAACAGCUGAACGAAAGUCUAAGGGGCGGGACCGACCUGGAGGAUUCCUUCGUCAAUCAGCGUUACGGCUGGUUCAAAGUGGGGCCUGUUUUGUGUGUGUCGGUAAGUCUUUCCGGGGUCACACCCAGGGUCAAGGCUGGUGGUGACCUUAAAGUCGUUUGACAAUUUAUUUCAAUUUUUUUUUUUUAAAUGUAAGAUAAGGUUAUUUUUGUUCGAAAACAUCAAGGAUGACGAUAUAAAUUUUUGAACGGAGUAAAAUGUCAAGGACUGUCAAUAUUUAUGUUUUAGUUGGUGUCACUCUCCUCUUUCAUUGAUGCCGCCAUUUUGUUCUCUUACGUUACAGAUGCCUGACCUAGUUCGGCUUUUUGGAAAAUAUAUGUCUUGUUUUAAAGGAUCAAGACAAGAGUAGCCUCGCGAAUUUAGAUCAAAACUACUGAUUUCUUAGAACGUCACUUUUUUUAUUAUGAGUAGAUUAACAGCAAACGUUGAAAGGCACACAUACGAUUAAAUGGUUGAAAGCACUUGUCUCGUUUUCAGCACGGUAUAGGCACGCCAUCUUUGUCUGUGAUGCUGCACGAAGUCUUCAAAUUGUUGUACAGAGCAGAGUGCACAGACGUCAGGCUGAUUCGUAUUGGAACCUGUGGAGGUGUUGGUAAGACGUUGAUUUUUUGAAGUGUUGGGGGAGAGGGGGGUGGCGUAGGAAGUUGAUUUGUGGAUGUGCCAGUAGGAAGUUGAUUUGCGAAAGUCCAAGUAAUAAGUUGAUUUAUGGGCGUGCAGGUAGGAAGUUGAUUUAUGGAAGUGUAGGUAGGAAUUUGAUUUAUGGAAGUGCAGGUAGGAAGUUGAUUUGUGAAAGUACAGGUAAGAAGUUGACUUUAGGUUGUGGAUGUAAAAAAGUUGAUUUUUGGAAGUGAGUGCAGGAAGUUGAUGUACGGACGUGCAGGUAGGUCGUUGACUAUUGUAAGUACGGGUAGAAAGUUGAAAUUCCUAAUUAAAUAUGCACAAGAAGUCUCAGUAUUUGAAACAUUCACAGUGUUUGGGAUAAAUGUAUAGAAUCUACAUAUUAACUAAAUGAAUGGGUUAAAGCAAGAGUCCUCAAAGAACGGCUCGCGGGCCACAACCUAAUCGUGACUCCAUUUUAUCCAGUCAGCGAAGUCAAAGGUGAUUUUGAAAUGGCAGAGGUGAGAGGAAUCAGUAGCGGUGUAUCGUAAGCAUGGAAAAAAAUUAACAUUUAAUUGCAUUUUUAAAGAGAUAGAAAAAUUCAAAUGCUCAGUGCAGUAUGGACUGUACACAAUGCACAAAAAAGGUGUGUGGUGACACAUGGUGGUAAAAUAUGUACGCAGACUCGAAAGGUUUAGUUCGUAAAUGAAAUGUGUAAAAAAAAAAAAGAUCUAGUUACAGAACACACUUUCCUUAUGGGCACUAGUUUGAUUGUGAGGAGAAAUAACUUUUUAGCCUCAACUAAAUUCAGCUAUGUCAGAAAAACAAAACUUGUGAAAUAAAAUGACGAUUUCACGUUAAAAUGUUUGUCAGAUGACAUCAUCAUUACAUGUGUAGUCUCAAAUUACUGUCAAAAGACUUUGAAAAGAACCAAUAUCUUGCUUCAUGUUACAUUUAGACCAUGAAAAAAAAAAAACGUUCACCUUAAACCUUUUAAAUAUUCCGUAUUAUGGGAUCAAAUAAGAUACGAUAAGAUUAUAAGAUAAGAUACGUUUAGAUAAGAUUUUAUGAUUUUAUUUAUCCAAAAAAAUUGAAAUCUGUUUUGAUUGCAUUGCAGAUAUUUCUGUCAGUCUUAUAAUGUCUCUGAGUUUUUUAAUGUUCCUUCCAAAAUUGGUACGCGUAAUCAUUGUAUUGUCAGAAUUUUGAAGGCGUUAGGCGGACGACUAUGUCGUCAUAUUAAUUAUGUGUAUGCUCUUGAGUUGAUAUUGUAAUUUUGGACAGAUUUUGGGUUCUUUAGUGAAAUGAUGAGAUAAUUUUAUCAUGGAUUUGUGCCCCACAAUUGUUGCACAAUCCACCCCCACAGAGCCCACCCCCCACACAGCCCACCCCCACAGAGCCCCCCGCCCCCACGAAGCCCGACCCCUGGCUUUAAACGCAGUAAAAUGAUGAUGAGAUUACCCUUUAAAUUCUACCGACUCUAAUUAUUUGAAAUAAAAUGAUUAUUCUUUUGUAGUCCCCUGCAUUUAAUAGUAGAAGAUAUGUAGCUCGGGCAGCAGAUGUAAUCGGAGUGUGAGAUAAUCCCCAUGAUGCACAUGAUAUCCAUGUCUAACAUGUAGCCCGUGUUACACAUGUAGCCAGUGUUAUAAAUGUAUGCUGUUAUGCCCAUGGUCUGGCGUUGCCACACGUUACAAAAAUGGUGAUAUCUUAUCUUAUCUUAUAUUAUCUUGAUCAGAAAGGUCACUCUCAUUGUGCUGGUGGCAUGGGACUUAUCAUUGUUCAAUCUGUUUGUUAAUUAUGAUUGGUCAGUUGGUUUGUGAGUUCUCAUUGGGUAAAUUGUUAAAUCUGAUUUGUAAAUGCGAAUGCGCGUUACCAUUGGUCAAUUUGUUUUUUUGAAUUCUCAUUGGUCAAGCUGUUUGUGAAUUCUCAUUGGUCAAGAUGUAUAUUGUAUUCGACGUCAACCAAGAAAAUUAUAAUUCAACACCUACGCUUACAACAAAGAACUUGUUUAUUCCAGGUGUAAGACAUGGAACGGUUGUCGUGUCAACCGGCGCGAUCACUCCUGGUUUCGAGCCAGUAUACGUCACAGUAAGUAAGACAUCCAUUAAGGUCUUCGUUAGAUGAGAUGUUAGAUCUUGCGAUAGUCAAUAGUUGCUGUUUGUUUUUUUAAUUACAUUCGCCACAUAUGGCCACCAUGCACUUCAAUGGCCAAAGUUCCUAAAAUAAUUCAAAUACCAUUUACUAAGAGGGUAUAGACUUGUAUUUGAGUAAAUGCAUGAAAUUAUGGUCACAGUAAAGCUAAUAAAACGUUGUUGUUUUUUUGUUCGUUUUUUUUUUUUUUUUUUGGGGGGGGGGAUUGUUGUUGUUGUUUUUUGGGGGGGUGGGGUUAGGAAAGAGUUAAACAAGAAAUGUUGUACCUUGACGUGAAAUAACAGACGACAUUUGGACUGAAUUGAAAACCUUCUUCAGCAGAAGGGACAAAACAAUAAUUAAAAAAGAAAUGCGUUAAAAACUUAAAUGUCGGUAGUUCGCUGUGUUACCAACACUUCAUUUUUUGGGGGGCAUUUCUAGUUCUUUGUUGUUUCUUGUUUUGUCUCGUCUGCUGGUGAAGGCGUUCAGCCACGAGUGUUGUCUAUUUAUUGUCCAGAUUUGUCACCCCAAACUAGACCCCUCAGACUACGCCGCGCGCCGAAUAUGCCGCCGAAUUUUCGUCCGCCAAAAAUCCGCUAGAAAAUUAUGCGGCGCGCCGCAUUAGCCGCCCCAUCAGCCGCCGUAUUUCGUCCGCAGUAAAUCCGCCGAAAAUGAACGAGUCGCCGUAACGUAAUGUUUUUGCUAUCUUAAAUUUCAUUGCGUUCCGUUUUAAGGUAUCAGGUAUUGAGUGACAGAAACUGAAUGAAUGGAAUGCAUUCAUGCACUAUAUUAGUAGGACAGCAUAGAAAACUGUUGUUAUUUUCUAUUGUUUUAAAUAAUAAAACUUUUUUCUGAAGUAUUGUACAAGUGUUUUAUCACUUCAUUAUUGGGCAGGCUUCAGCCGAAUUUUAGCCGGAUAUUUCGUAAUCAGACGAAAAUCAGCCGCAAAUGUCAAUUUACGGAGAAAUCUGGCUAAUCCGGAUAUCAGCCAAAAAAUUAUGUCAGCCAGCCGAAAUUUAAAAAAAAAAUUCGGCUGGCAGCUCUACCCCAAGUUCCUACAUACCUUGUUCACUUAUUUCCUUUCGCACAGCUUGAACGCAGUCCUUCAUUUAGUAUACUUUAUAUUGUCGUUUAUUUUAAAACGUGCUAUUCAAUUGAUAGAAUUGGUUUUUUUGAAAAACUUGAAUCGGGUAAAUAAAAACUUAGUCAUUGGCCUUCACUGUUCAGGGAGCUUCGAUUGUUAAAAACCGAGUAAAUAAAUUCUUGAAAAUGAAAGUUGAUGACGUCAACGCCUUUUUUCCUCGAUGGCCACGCAAAGUUCAUCAAGAACGUAGAGAAUUAUAACAUGAAAAACACGUACAAUAGAGCAAGGAUUAUACGUGAAAAGCACGUACAAUAGAGCUAGGAUUAUAACGUGAAAAAGACGUACAAUAGAGCAAGGAUUAUAACGUGAAAAACACGUACAAUAGAACUAGAAUUAUAAUUUGAAAACACGUACAAUAGAGCUAGGAAUAUAACGUGAAAAACACGUACAAUAGAACUAGGAUUAUAAUUUGAAAACACGUACAAUAGAGCUAGGAAUAUAACGUGAAAAACAUGUACAAUAGAACUAGGAUUAUAAUUUGAAAACACGUACAUUAGAACUAGGAUUAUAAUUUGAAAACACGUACAAUAGAACUAGGAUUAUAACAUGAAAAACACGUACAAUAGAGAAAGGAUUAUAACGUGAAAAAGACGUACAACAGAGCUAGAAUUAUAAAGUGAAAAACAUGUACAAUAGACCUAGGAUUAUAAUUUGAAAACACGUUCAAUAGAGCUAGGAAUAUAACGUGAAAAACACGUACAAAAGAACUAGUAUUAUAAUUUGAAAACACGUACAAUAGAGCUAGGAAUAUAACGUGAAAAACACAUACAAUAGAACUAGGAUUAUAAUUUGAAAACACGUACAAUAGAGCUAGGAAUAUAACGUAAAAAACAUGUACAAUAGACCUAGGAUUAUAAUUUGAAAACACGUUCAAUAGAGCUAGGAAUAUAACGUGAAAAACAUGUACAAUAGAACUAGUAUUAUAAUUUGAAAACACGUACAAUAGAGCUAGGAAUAUAACGUGAAAAACACAUACAAUAGAACUAGGAUUAUAAUUUGAAAACACGUACAAUAGAGCUAGGAAUAUAACGUAAAAAACAUGUACAAUAGAACUAGGAUUAUAAUUUGAAAACACGUACAAUAGAACUAGGAUUAUAAUUUGAAAACACGUACAAUAGAGCUAGGAAUAUAACGUGAAAAGCACGUACAAUAGAACUAGGAUUAUAAUUUGAAAAUACGUUCAAUAGCGCUAGGAUUAUAACAUGAAAAACACGUACAAUAGAACUAGGAUUAUCAUUUGAAAACUCGUACAAUAGAAAUAGGAAUAUAACAUGAAAAACACGUACAAUAGAACUAGGAUUAUAACAUGAAAAACACGUACAAUAGAGCUAGGAAUAUAACAUGAAAACACGUACAAUAGAACUAGGAUUAUAACAUGAAAAACACGUACAAUAGAGAAAGGAAUAUAACGUGAAAAACACGUACAACAGAGCUAGAAUUAUAAAGUGAAAAACGAUGUACAAUAGAACUAGGAUUAUAAUUUGAAAACACGUACAAUAGUGCUAGGAAUAUAACGUGAAAAACACGUACAAUAGAAUUAGGAUGAUAAUUUAAAAAACACGUACAAUGGAGAAAGGAUUAUUACGUGAAAAAGACGUACAACAGAGCUAGAAUUAUAAAGUGAAAAACAUGUACAUUAGAUCUAGGAUUAUAACAUGAAAAACAUGUACAAUAGAACUAGGAUUAUAACAUGAAAAACAUGUACAAUAGAACUAGGAUAAUAAUUUGAAAACAUGUACAAUAGAGCUAGGAAUAUAACGUGAAAAACACGUACAAUAGAACUAAGAUUAUAACAUGAAAAACACGUACAAUAGAGCAAGGAUUAUAACGUUAAAAAGACGUACAACAGAGCUAGAAUUAUAACGUGAAAAAACACUUACAAUAGAACUAGGAUUAUAACAUGAAAAACAUGUACAAUAGACUAAGAUUAUAACAUGAAAAACAUGUACAAUAUAACUAGGAUUAUAUCAUGAAAAACAUGUAAAAUAGAACUAGGAUUAUAAUUUGAAAACACGUACAAUAGAGCUAGGAAUAUAACGUGAAAAACACGUACAAUAGAACUAGGAUGAUAAUUUUAAAACACGUACAAUAGAGCUAGGAUGAUAACGUGAAAAACACGUACAAUAGAUCUAGGAUUAUAAUUUGAAAACACGUACAAUAGAGCAAGGAAUAUAACGUGAAAAACACGUACAAUAGAACUAGGAUUAUAAUUUGAAAACACGUACAAUAGAACUAGGGUUAUAAUUUGAAAACACGUACAAUAGAGCUAGGAAUAUAACAUGAAAAACACGUACAAUAGAACUAGGAUUAUAACAUGAAAAAGACGUACAAUAGAGCUAGGAAUAUAACAUGAAAAACACGUUCAAUAGAACUAGGAUUAUAACAUGAAAAAGACGUACAAUAGAGAAAGGAUUAUAACGUGAAAAAGACGUACAACAAAGCUAUAAUUAUAAAGUGAAAAACAUGUACAAUAGAACUAGGAUUAUAAUUUGAAAACACGUACAAUAGUGCUAGGAAUAUAACGUGAAAAACACGUACAAUAGAAUUAGGAUGAUAAUUUGAAAAACACGUACAAUAGAACUAAGAUUAUAAACAUGAAAAACACGUACAAUAGAGCAAGGAUUAUAACGUGAAAAAGGCGUACAACAGAGCUAUAAUUAAAACGUUAAAAAACAUGUAAAAUAGAACUAAGAUUAUAAAAUGAAAAACAUGUACAAUAGAACUAAGAUUAUAACAUGAAAAACACGUACAAUAGAGCAAGGAUUAUAACGUGAAAAAGACGUACGUCAGAGCUAGGAUUAUAACAUGAAAAACACUUAAAAUAGAGCUAGGAUUAAAAGAUUAAAAACAUGAACAGUAGAGCUAACAAAUAUAAUCAUCAUCUGUACAGUCCUCAUUGGGUGAGCCACUCAGACUGCCAACAGAUGCUGACACUGACCUACGAGAGGAACUUGUCAACAGUAAGAGUGCAGACGAUUACUUUGACGUCAUUUCCGGAAAAACAUUCUGCACUGAAGACUUUUACCAAGGUUGGAUCAUAUUAAGUUAUUUGUGUUUUGUUUUUUUUUUGUUGUUGGUUUUUUUUUUAAAAGUUCCUGCACAUGAAUUAAAUUUUUUUUUCAGUCGUAUUUGUGGGAGGGGACAUGUUGGAUGGGAGGAGAAUGUUUGUUAAAGGGGUUAGUUUUUGUCUUUGUUGUUUUUGUUUUUUUUUUGUAAAGGGCACGUUUAUUAAAGGGGGUAUGUUUUAGAUGGAAAUGUACAUGUAAUAAUGAUGUGAUUUGUUAAAGAGUCGGUUUGUGAAGGGGUAUGCGUAAGGUAUGUUAUUGACGGUGUAUGCUAACGGUUGGUUAGUGAAGGGGUAUGCAUACGGUAUUAUAGUGAAGGGGUAUGCAUACGGCGUGUUAGUGAAGGGGUAUGCAUACGGCGUGUUAGUGAAGGGGUAUGCUUACGGUAUGUUAGUGAAGGGGUAUGCGUAUGGUAUAUUAGUAAAGGGGUAUGCAUACGGUAUGUUAGUGAAGGGGUAUGCGUAUGGUAUGUUAGUGAAAGGAUAUGUAUACGGUAUGUUAGUGAAGGGGUGUGCAUAUGGUAUGUUAGUGAAAAGGUAUACAGAUGGGGUUUUUUGAAUGGGUAUGCAGACCGGUAUGUUUGUUAGAAGAGCGAAUGUGUGUUAGAAUUUGCUUUAAAAACUCAUAGGGGGACUUAACUCCACCCGGCGGAACGGAUGACGUUGGGCGUUUCUACCUGGUAGAAACAAAUCAAUCAACGUGUUAUGUCCCCAAGGUUUAGCAAUGUAUCCUAUAGAACAUUAUAUUGCAUUAUUUGUGGAUUGCCCUCUCUACAAAACAGACGUGGGGUACUCCUCAAAGAAUUAAUUUAAUUAUUCUUUUAAACCUUGAAACUGUGUCCAUGUUUUAGGUCAAGGGCGUAUAGAUGGUUCGUUUUGCGACUACUCGAAGGAAGACCAGAGGAGAUUCCUACAAAAACUACAAGAAUUGGGAGUCGUUAAUAUUGAGAUGGAGUCUGCCGGUGUUUUGGGCAUGGCGGGGAAAGUUGGGAUCAGAGGCAAGUAACUGUCAGCCUGGCGGGGUGAAUGCGGGUCAGUGGGUCAGUCGGGCGAGGGACACUGGGACAAGGACAGCGGGACAAGGGGUAUGUGGUGGGACAAUGCGGCAAGGGGCACUGGGACAAGAGAUUUUUGGACAAGGGACGGUAGGACAAGUGACAUGGGGGGGGGGGCAAGUGACAAUGGGACAAGGGACAGUGGGACAAUUUGGCACGGGGCACUGGGACAAGAGACGGUGGGACAAUGUGGCAAGGGGCACUGGGACAAGAGACGGUGGGGCGAUGCGGCAAGGGGUACUGGGACAAGAGACGGUGGUACAAGGGAUUGUGGGACAAAGGAUGGUGGGACAAUGGACGGUGGGACAAAGGAUGGUGGAACAAUGGACGGUGGGACAAAGGAUGUGGGACAAUGGACGGUGGGACAAUGGAGGGUGGGACAAUGGAUGGUGGGACAAGGGACAGUGAAUGAAGGGCUGGAGGUUGUAAAAAUGAUAUUUUUAAAAGACAAUAUACAAAAACAAUACAUAGACUUUAAUAAGUUUCUGCGUUUGCCUCUAACACUCCCCCCCCCACACACCUCAGACCUACCCCCCCUCUCCGACAAAAGAACAUAAUAAUUCAGUGGGACUUGUGGCCUGAAAAGUCCUCCUGUAACAGCUUUGAACGUUGCAGUUUUUUUUUGUUCUAUCUUUCAGCUGCCGUUGUAUGUGUUGUGAUUGUUAACAGGCUUGAAGCAGAACUGCCAACAGCCACGCCUGAUGAGAUGAGAGAAUUUGAAGACUAUCCAAUCAAAUUAGUGAAGAGAUACAUCAUCAACAAGCUGAGCAACUAGCAUCAAAUUUGGCCUUUCUAACCAAUUGAGAUUAUUAUGUUUUUUAAAAAACCUGGAAUAUAGAGAUGUAAACCAAAAAUAUAGAAAUGUAAAUAAUUUGUACGUAGACUCCGAUGGUCUUACGCGAUCCCUGUGUAAGGGUCGUUCGACUCCCAAGGGAGUCGUGACCCACAUGUUGAGAGCCGCUGAGCUAAAAAAAAAAAAGGAGUUCAGUCUAGCGAUAGAAUUUUCCCCAUUAAAAUCUGUUUAUUCUGUUUAUAUAUAUUUAUAUAUGUUGUAUUUCUUUAGUGUGAUAAUAGUCAUAUUAAUUUAAUAAAGUUCUUUUAAAUAUCAUGUCAUUAUUUUGUUAAAAGGCCAUUGUAAAUUUUGAAAUUCGAAUGAUCUAAGUCAGCGGUUCCCAAAUGUUCGACAUCGGUGUACCCCUGUAUUUAUUUUGCUACCCCUCGCUAAUUUAGAGGUUUUCAUUGGUCGGUGACGCCUGAAAUGGCGGAAGUUGAACAUCAACAUAUCUAAUGAUUUAUUAGGAUGUUCUUGCAUGCGAAAAUAUUUAAAAUUUCAUGUAAAAUAGUAUGUAAAACCUUAAGAAAAAUCUCCUGUAAAAUUUUAUGUAUAAUCUUAUGUAAAAUCUAAUGUUAAAUUUUAGGUAAAAUCGUAUGUAAAAAUCGUAUGUAAAAAUCGUAUGUAAAAAUUGUAUGUAAAAAUCGUAUGUAAAAAUCGUAUGUAAAUUCUCAUGUAAAAUCUCAUGUAAAAUAUCAUGUAAAAUCUCAGUUAAGUAAAUACUGCCAGUAUCUUUAACCGCUGUACAACUUGAUGAUAUUCUUGUGUUUAAUUAAAAGAAAGCUGUGUUUGUGUACUUACUGUGAUCUCUCGAUCAAGCCGGACGAUGUCCUAUCGGUCUAUCAACUAGCUACCUUGAAAGAACCCAAUGCUUUAUCAACUAGCUACCUUGAAAGAACCCAAUGCUUUAUCAACUAGCUACCUUGAAAGAACCCA